CCUGCGACGCACACAACCCUCUCAGCUCCACAGCCGCAGGCUACACGCCCGUCGCCUGACCCCCCUACGCACGAGUGACAGUGAUAACAUUAGUGCGGGUAGAAUUUAGAGUGAAAUUGAAAGAUAUUUAAAAAUGGGCGUGAUGGCCCCGACACAGCAGCACGACGUGCCGGCCGUGGUGGAGGACGGGCUCAUGUGGAACACAUACAGGCAGCCGGGCGCCUCGGGCAUCAACCAGGAAGUUACUCUCUUCGAAGAUGACAAUUGUCACCAGGUAAUGAUGAACGUUCGUGACUUCAUGAGCAGUGGAGUGAAAGUGGACGUGGUUGACGGAAAUGAAUUGUUGGUGGAAGGCAGCCGAUGUGUAGAAAAGCGAGGACAGGACGGCAGCAGUGAGGAGGAGGAGGAGCAGGAUCAAAACAGCAGCAGUACGGAGGGGCGACAGGAAGAGUACAGCUUCCGACGACGAAUCUCUUUCCCGGGUCUCGCUAGGAUAGACACCAUGACGUCCACCAUGUCCACUGACGGCAUCCUCGUGGUUACUUUGCCCAAGAAAAAGAAGUGUGAGAGGCGAGACCUCCAGGAGGUCACCAUGCCAGAGCUCGACCUCGAGGAGGUCACCAUGCCAGAGCUCGACCUUGAGGAGGUCACCAUGCCGGAGUUCGACCUCGAAGAGGUCACCAUGCCAGAGCUCGACCUCCAGGUGGAUAGCUUCCUUCAAGGCAGCAGGUGACAUCGAAGUAGUGAUUGAGAGCUCCAGCUGGAGAUUAUGUCGUUACUGGAAUCUUGCUGAUGUGCGGUAAGCUUGGUUGCUAACACCUCCACGAUAUUGUCGGACAGCGGUGGUGUCCCCGCUACCCUGGCUCCCAGAGAGUGGGCAGCAUAGGGACGCUGCCCCCAGGAGGAGAGGACGUCCUGUCAUCAGAACCCGAGGAUGGUACCCUGGAAGAGGAUAUCACCUACGAAAAGACUGAGGAAUGUGAAUGCUGCACUUGUCGCAGGCUGCACCUGUCGCAGGCUACACCUGUCGCAGGCUGCACCUGUCGCAGGCUGCACCUGUCGCAGGCUGCACCUGUCGCAGGCUGCACCUGUCGCAGGCUGCACCUGUCGCAGGCUACACCUGUCGCAGGCUGCACCUGUCGCAGGCUACACCUGUCGCAGGCUGCACCUGUCGCAGGCUACACCUGUCGCAGGCUGCACCUGUCGCAGGCUACACCUGUCGCAGGCUACACCUGUCGCAGGCUACACCUGUCGCAGGCUGCACCUGUCGCAGCCUGCACCUGUCGUUUGAUCUGAAGCUUAAACACUUCCUAGAGGGUUGUAACAGAACCCAUGGGCACCUCACUAGAAACAAAUAUCUACUAGAUAUUCCAUGAGUGCGAUUUACCGAAAGCAGAAAUACGCUGCAAAUCAACGGUCUCAAAAUGUUGAUUAACGAGCCUAAUCACAUCAAAGACUGUCUUUCUCUCAGCCAGUUUAAAAAGAGAAACUAUGGACUACCUAAUAAACUCUACGUAACCUACGUUCCUAAAUGUUUACCUGUGUUUUGCCGUUAUUGAACAUUAAUUAUUGAACUUGUACUGCUGCUGCUGUUGUCUGCCGUGUUCAACAUCUUAAUACAAAAAAUUUUGUUCUUGUAUUUAUUCUGAAAAAUUACUAUCUGUUGCUUUGUUAUAGUGUUGAUGUUCCAUCCGUCGUGUUAAUAAUUGUAAUUUUAUUUCUCAACUUCAUUAUUGUUUUCUGAUCUCAUUUAUUUGUAAGACUUUUAAGUUUUUUUCCUUACAUUAUGCCCAAGACGCUCUGCGUAUUAGUGGCUUAAUUAAGGCUUCUUUCUUACGAAUCCAACAAUGUGUUUAUAUCCUAUAUAUGCGAACAAGCCUGAAUGGUCCCCAGGACAAUAUGCAACUGAAAA